AUGCGCAGCAGCAGCAGCUUCGAGCCCGGCGAGAACGACCUCACGCAGGAGAUCCUGGGCCAGUUCCCCUUCCUGAACGGCUACACCCACGCCGCCUGCGGCUUCCAGCUGGCGGCCGACGCUGCAGUGGACGAGAUCGUGACAUCGCUCUGCCGCAGCGUGACCCAGCUGGUGACGCAGAUCCCCCUGCUAUCCGGGCAGGUCGUGCACAGCCCGGGGGCCCCGGGCAGCUCGGGGCGAUACCUGCCAGCCCCCUGGCCGGCCUCGCCCCCCUACGAGCCGGUCCGCGUCAAGGACUGCUCGAGCCAGCUGCCCUCAUUCACGCAGCUGGCGCGGGCCAACGUGCCCAUCGGGCUGCUGGGGGGGGAUAUCCUCCUGCCCUGCCCUGGACUGCCGGACCCGCACGGGUUGACGGGCCCAGUGCCCAUCCUGAUUGUGCAGGCGAACUUCAUCCGCGGCGGCCUGAUCCUGAACGUCAGCACGCACCACAACAUCCUGGACGCCUGUGCCCUCGCCCGCAUCCUGGGGCUGCUGGGAACCCUGCUGAAGGGCCGGUCCCUGUCGGCCGCGGACCUGCAGCACGCCAACCGCCCGCGCACCGACAUCAUCCCGCUGCUCGCCGCCGACGAGCCCAUCAAGGACUUCUCAUACCUGCGGCGCCCCCCAGGCUGGACCCCAUCGCUGCCCUCCUCGCCCUUCCAGUGGUGCACCUUCCGCUUCCCCCUCUCGGGCCUGGCCUCCCUCCGCCAAACCGCCACCGUCCCCGCCGGCCCCCGCCUGUCCGACGACGAUAUCCUCAGCGCCUGGGUCUGGCAGCGCGUCAGCGCCAUCCGCAUCGCCCGGGGGAUCCCCCCGUCGCGGAUGUCCAAGUACACGCGCGCCAUCGACGGCCGGGCCUCCAUGGGCCUCCCCGCCGGCUACCUCGGCCACCUGGUCCACCACGCCAUCAGCCAGCUGCCCCUCUCCACCGUCGCCAGCGCGCCCCUCGCGGAGAUCGCGCGGACCAUGCGUCGCGACCUGCAGGCCGCCAACACCGCCUGGGCCCUGCGCAGCUACGCGACCUUCCUCGCCAACGAGCCCGACAAGAGCGUCCUGCUGUACGGGGGCCCGCGCAACCCCGACGUCGAUCUCGGCGGCUCGUCGCUGCUCGAUCUCGAGGCCGUCGAGGAUAAGGAGGGGCUGUCGUUUGGGCCCCUGCUGGGCCCGCGCAGGUUCGGCAGGAAGCCCGGCACGGCGGUGAUUCCCGGUUGCGUGUACUUUCAGCCCCUGGAGGCCAAUGCCAUUCCGCUGGUGGUUUGUCUGCCCGAGGAGGAUAUCAAGGCCUUGAAGAGGGACGGGGAGUGGAGACGAUUGGUCAGAUUUGUGGGGUGA